AUGGGUCAGAGUCUGUCGGAUGAGCAUCCGCAACGGCGGUCGCAUGAAGAGUUAACCAACCAACUUGCGGAGAAGUUCAAGAAGAAAUGCUUCACUUCUCUCGAAUUGUACUCACUUAGAGAUGUCUUCAAAAGCCUUGCAGAUCAACAAGACUCUAUCAGAUAUCUCAAGGAGGAUACCAUUGCCCGAUACCUCGAGAUACCAGACAUUCUCGGCGCCUCACCCGUCAUAUUUCAGAUGGUAUCUUACAUCGGCGCAUUUCCCUUUCUACAAGAGGCACCAGUAGUUCUGGAACUUCAACGGAUGAUCAUGGUCGUCGUUAUCAUGACUGAGCGUUAUCGAACUGUGUUGGCGCGUGGUUCAGCUGACAGAACCAAGCUGCUCUUCAAAAGCUUAGCUGUAUUUGACCGCAAGAUCUCAGAAGCAGGACCUCGACCGGAUACCAAAAAUCUUGAAUCUCCCAAGCCAAAGGACGGCCAAGAAGAGCCAAAGUCCCACGCUGCUGGCUUUGCCGUGGAUGCAGCUUGCGAGGAUGAAGAAGAAGAAGACGACGAAGAUGAUGAUCUUAUUCUAACCGCCUUUGAAUUGCUGGAUGUCAAGGACGCUGUGGAUCAGGGUCAUGCGCCAAUUUUUCAUGGUGCAACAAUCCCAACAGACAACUUUCGGAAGCUCGUGAUGCUCCUCUUGCUGGCGGCACCAUUAGAUCCUCAAGAGAGCCUGUCCAUGUACUCAAGUCGCAUAGUCGGCGAAGAACUCGAAGAUCUCCGUGGAGCUGCCGAGUGUAUUCUUGCCUCCUUCGUCAACGCCGAAACAUCAACCGGCAUCAAGUACCAUCAUUUCAGAACUAUCAUACCUGUGAUAUGCCCUAAUCUCUUCCGUGGAUUCAAUGGCCUGUUUGAGCGUUUUCUCUUCUCCCAGAACCUAGACUUUUCCAAGCAUCAGAAUGAUACCCCUGCGACAACGUCACCACCAAAAACAGCACAACCUCUGCUGACCAACCCGGGCGAUAUCCUAAAUCAAAAUACUCUCUCUCAGAUCUCAUUAUUCCUCCCCGGCGCGGAUCUUUUCAGACGAGUCAGGUUACUGUACUCGGGAAAUGAUGCAGGAUUCUCUAUGGGAAGUUUUCAGACAAAGGUGUUCAACUGGCAAGCUCCCACACUGCUGCUGGUGAGUGGGACAAGGCUAGGCGACGAACCAGAGGGUGGUCAAGAGACAAGCUUUGCAGCUUCCCUGCCCCCAAAGCGAUUCCCGCACGGUAGCAAGUCUGAUCGACUCACGUUUGGUGUUUAUGUCCGAGAACAUUGGAAGCAUACUCACCGAGAAUGCUUCGGUGACUCUGAAACAACCCUCUUCCAGCUUGAACCCAUUCAUGACGUCUUUCCAGCUUCGACCAUCAACAAAGACUAUGUCACUUUUACGAAAGCUCCAGCACACCAUCCUAUGCUGUCAUUUGGGUGUCCCCACCCCCAUCCUUCUCAAGCUCACAGAAAGCCCGACAUGUUACGCCUUGGUCCCGUAUCGUUACUACUUGACGAUUCGUUCGAAUUUGCAGUUUUUAACCAUGAUUAUACUUCUCGAGGCGGCGCAUUCCAUUCAAGCGUAGUAAGGAAGCACGAUUUCCAAGAUCGUUUUCAGAUUGAAAGCCUCGAGGUAUGGGGUUGUGGUGGUGACAAAGAAGCACAGGCGCAAGCCGAGAAAUGGGCCUGGGAGGAACGUGAAGCAGAAGCACGUCGCAAAGUCAACUUAGGCACCGGAGACAUAGAGGCUGAUCGGGCAUUGCUAGAGAUGGCUGGGUUAAUCGGGGGAAACAGAAGCGGUGGUUCAAUGACAUAA